UUGAUCCAAAGGUUUCUACACCCUUACCCUCUCCAAUAUCUUUGUCUCCUGCAGACCAAGGCUGUGUCAAGAUGGCGUCCGUGUUUCGCAGUGAGGAGAUGUGUUUGUCCCAACUGUUCCUCCAGGUGGAGGCUGCAUAUUGCUGUGUGGCUGAGCUUGGGGAGCUUGGAUUGGUUCAGUUCAAAGAUUUAAAUGUGAAUGUGAACAGCUUCCAAAGGAAAUUUGUGAAUGAAGUCAGAAGGUGUGAGUCACUGGAGAGAAUCCUCCGUUUCCUGGAAGAUGAGAUGCAAAAUGAGAUUGUGCCUCAAUUGCCAGAGAGGCCCCCACCGACCCCUCUUCCACGGGAAAUGAUUAUGCUGGAGACUCUUCUAGAAAAACUGGAAGAAGAAUUACAGGAAGCCAACCAGAACCAGCAGGCUUUGAAGAAAAGCUUCCUAGAACUGACUGAACUCAAACAUCUGCUGAAGAAAACCCAAGAUUUCUUUGAGACAGAAACCAACCUCGCUGAUGAUUUCUUUAUGGAAGACACUUCGGGUCUCCUGGAGUUAAGAGCGACACCUGCCUGUGUGACUGGAAAACUGGGGUUCACGGCCGGGGUGAUCAACAGGGAGCGGAUGGCGUCCUUUGAGAGGCUGCUGUGGAGAGUGUGCCGAGGGAACAUCUACCUGAAGUUCAGUGAGGUGGACACGAUUCUGGAGGAUCCCGUCACGAAAGAAGAAAUUAAAAAGAACAUAUUCAUCAUAUUUUAUCAAGGAGAGCAACUCAGACAGAAAAUCAAGAGGAUCUGUGAAGGGUUUCGAGCCACCAUCUACCCCUGCCCAGAGCCUGUGGGGGAGCGCAGAGAGAUGCUGGCCGGCGUCAAUGCAAAGCUGGAAGAUUUAAUCACGGUCAUCACACAAACAGAGUCUCACCGUCAGCGCCUCCUGCAAGAAGCCGCUGCCAACUGGCACUCCUGGGCCGUUAAAGUGCAGAAGAUGAAGGCCAUUUACCACAUCCUGAACAUGUGCAACAUUGACGUCACUCAGCAGUGCGCCAUCGCCGAGAUCUGGUUCCCGGUGGCAGACACCGGGCGCAUCAAGAGGGCAUUGGAGCAAGGCAUGGAACUAAGUGGCUCCUCCAUGGUCCCCAUCCUGACUGCAGUGCAAUCUAAAGCAGCUCCUCCCACAUUUAACAGGACCAAUAAAUUCACAGCCGGCUUCCAGAAUAUUGUAGAUGCCUAUGGUGUGGGCAGUUACCGGGAAAUGAACCCAGGUAAAGGGUCUGAUGCAUUGAAUAACGGGGAAGCUUAAAAAUGAAAAGCGGGUAAGAUUGACCCCUUGGGUGGCAGAGGAGGUGAAUUGUUGAAAACUGUGAGAUCCCUAAAAUCUUAUUUGGCUUCCUGAUGCCCUGCGUUGUCUUGCAUAAAUGGCGAUUAGUGAACGAUUUGUUCUUUUAUUUUUUUUA